ACGCCGGGCGUCGGACUGCGGAGGAGGCGGAAGGCCUGGGGUCUCCUCGCGGCGUCUGCCCACGUCCUCGCCCCGGAGCCUUGGCGGUGCGGAGCGGGUCGCAUUAUGUAACAGAUAGGUCCGAUCUAUUUUGCCAAGACAGGAAACUCCCUUGAAGAGGGACGGGCUCGGAAGAUUUCCUAAGUCGAGCGCGUCCUGGUAUCUCCGGAGCAAGUGUGCAGCUCCGCCAAACUCCGUGGAUGUGUGCAGGAAACGCUGAGAAACGAACGCGCGUGCGCGGCUUUCUUGGGCCUUUAGGAGAGAAGCAACUUUCUGGGGCAUAAUUUGCAGAAAACACAGCUCCUCUUCGUGCACGGCAGUUGUGACACACUUAAACACACCUAGGAACCUAGGAAACCGCCCCCUUCGUGGAGGACAUUCCCUUCACUCAGCUGCGACUGUUUUUAGAGUUUCAAUCAUCUGGUAAUCAUUGCCAAAUGAGGAGGAAAGGACGAUGUCAUCGAGGCUCUGCAGCGAGGCAUCCUUCUUCUCCGUGCAGUAUUAAACACUCCCCCACUCGAGAAACAUUGACAUACGCACAAGCUCAAAGGAUGGUGGAGAUAGAAAUUGAAGGGCGUUUGCAUCGGAUCAGUAUUUUUGAUCCCUUGGAGAUCAUACUAGAAGAUGACCUCACUGCUCAAGAAAUGAGUGAAUGCAACAGUAAUAAAGAAAACAGUGAGAGGCCACCUGUUUGCCUACGAACUAAGCGUCACAAAAACAACAGAGUCAAAAAGAAAAAUGAAGCCCUCCCUAGCACCCAUGGCACCCCAGCUUCAGCCAGUGCUCUUCCCGAGCCUAAGGUGCGGAUUGUGGAGUAUAGUCCUCCUUCUGCACCCAGGAGGCCCCCUGUGUACUACAAGUUCAUUGAGAAGUCAGCUGAGGAGCUGGACAAUGAGGUGGAGUACGACAUGGAUGAGGAAGAUUAUGCCUGGUUAGAGAUCAUCAACGAGAAGCGGAAGGGUGACUGUGUCUCUGCUGUGUCACAGAAUAUGUUUGAGUUCCUGAUGGACCGCUUUGAGAAGGAGUCCUAUUGUGAGAACCAGAAGCAGGGUGAGCAGCAGUCCUUGAUUGAUGAGGAUGCAGUUUGCUGCAUCUGCAUGGAUGGGGAGUGUCAGAACAGCAAUGUUAUACUCUUUUGUGACAUGUGUAACCUGGCUGUGCACCAGGAGUGCUAUGGGGUGCCCUAUAUCCCUGAGGGCCAGUGGCUUUGCCGCCACUGCCUGCAGUCUCGGGCCCGCCCUGCGGAUUGCGUGCUGUGCCCGAAUAAGGGUGGUGCCUUCAAAAAGACAGACGAUGACCGCUGGGGCCAUGUGGUAUGUGCCCUGUGGAUCCCGGAGGUUGGCUUUGCCAACACGGUAUUCAUUGAGCCCAUCGAUGGUGUGAGGAACAUACCUCCUGCUCGGUGGAAACUGACAUGCUACCUCUGUAAGCAGAAAGGCGUGGGUGCCUGCAUUCAGUGCCACAAAGCAAAUUGCUACACAGCAUUCCAUGUGACAUGUGCCCAGAAGGCUGGCUUGUACAUGAAGAUGGAGCCUGUGAAGGAGCUGACUGGAGGCAGCACCACGUUCUCUGUCAGAAAGACUGCUUACUGUGAUGUCCACACACCUCCAGGCUGUACCAGGAGGCCUCUGAACAUUUAUGGAGAUGUUGAAAUGAAAAAUGGUGUCUGUCGAAAAGAAAGUUCAGUCAAAACGGUCAGGUCUACGUCCAAGGUCAGGAAAAAAGCAAAAAAGGCUAAGAAAACACUGGCUGAGCCCUGUGCGGUUCUGCCGACCGUGUGUGCUCCGUAUAUUCCCCCUCAGAGAUUAAAUAGGAUUGCGAAUCAGGUGGCCAUUCAGCGGAAGAAGCAGUUUGUGGAGCGAGCCCACAGCUACUGGUUACUCAAAAGGCUGUCUAGGAAUGGUGCUCCCCUGCUGCGGCGGCUCCAGUCCAGCCUGCAGUCCCAGAGAAACACGCAGCAGAGAGAAAAUGAUGAAGAGAUGAAAGCUGCCAAAGAGAAGCUAAAGUACUGGCAGCGGCUUCGACACGACCUAGAGCGUGCACGCCUGCUGAUUGAGCUGCUGCGCAAGCGGGAGAAACUCAAGCGGGAGCAGGUGAAGGUGGAGCAGAUGGCUAUGGAGCUCCGAUUGACACCACUGACUGUGCUGCUACGCUCAGUCCUGGAGCAGCUUCAGGAGAAGGACCCUGCAAAAAUCUUUGCCCAGCCCGUGAGUCUAAAGGAGGUACCAGAUUAUUUGGAUCACAUUAAACAUCCCAUGGACUUUGCCACAAUGAGGAAAAGGCUAGAAGCUCAAGGGUAUAAAAACCUCCAUGCGUUUGAGGAGGAUUUUAAUCUCAUUGUAGAUAACUGCAUGAAGUACAAUGCCAAGGACACCGUGUUCUAUAGAGCUGCAGUGAGGCUGCGAGAUCAGGGAGGUGUUGUUUUGAGGCAGGCCCGGCGUGAGGUGGACAGCAUCGGCCUGGAAGAGGCCUCAGGAAUGCACCUGCCUGAACGACCUGUCGCAGCCCCUCGGCGGCCUUUCUCCUGGGAAGAUGUGGACAGGUUGCUGGACCCAGCCAACAGGGCCCACAUGGGCUUGGAGGAGCAGUUGAGAGAGCUACUGGACAAGUUGGACCUCACCUGCUCCAUGAAGUCCAGCGGCUCACGGAGUAAACGGGCAAAGCUGCUCAAAAAAGAGAUUGCUCUUCUCCGAAACAAGCUGAGCCAGCAGCACAGCCAGUCCCCAUCCAUAGGGACAGGGACAGGAGGCUUUGAAGACGAUGCUGCUCCACUGGGGCCGGACACAGGGGAGGAAGGAGAUAAAUCUCCCCCUAAACUUGAACCAUCAGAUGCAUUACCUCUUCCUUCAAACUCGGAGACUAAUUCAGAACCACCAACCCUCAAACCAGUAGAACUCAACCCCGAGCAGAGUAAACUAUUCAAAAGAGUCACAUUUGAUAAUGAAUCACAUAGCACUUGCACUCAGAGCGCACUGGUAAGCGGACACCCUCCAGAGCCCACCCUCGCCAGUAGUGGCGAUGUGCCGGCGGCGGCGGCGGCCUCCGCAGUGGCGGAGCCAUCAAGCGAUGUAAACAGACGCACUUCUGUUCUCUUCUGCAAAUCGAAAAGUGUAAGCCCCCCAAAGUCUGCCAAGAACACUGAAACCCAGCCAACUUCUCCUCAGCUAGGGACCAAAACCUUUUUGUCUGUAGUCCUUCCGAGGUUGGAGACUCUACUGCAGCCAAGGAAAAGGUCGAGGAGCACAUGUGGAGACUCCGAAGUGGAGGAGGAGUCCCCGGGAAAGCGCCUGGAUACAGGUCUCACCAAUGGCUUUGGGGGUACCCGAAGCGAGCAGGAGCCGGGCAGUGGCCUGGGGAGGAGAGCUGCGCCCCGACGGCGCUGUGCAUCUGAGUCCAGUAUUUGCUCCAGCAACAGCCCACUCUGCGACUCAAGUUUUAGCACACCCAAGUGUGGGCGAGGGAAGCCUGCCCUUGUGCGAAGGCACACACUAGAAGACCGCAGUGAGCUGAUCUCCUGUAUUGAAAACGGGAACUAUGCUAAGGCGGCCAGGAUUGCAGCUGAGGUGGGACAGAAUAGCAUGUGGAUUUCCACUGAUGCUGCUGCCUCUGUCCUGGAGCCCCUGAAAGUGGUAUGGGCCAAGUGCAGCGGCUAUCCCUCCUACCCAGCACUGAUCAUUGACCCCAAGAUGCCACGAGUGCCUGGCCACCACAAUGGUGUCACCAUCCCCGCUCCACCCUUGGAUGUGCUGAAGAUCGGUGAGCACAUGCAGACCAAGUCUGAGGAGAAGCUGUUCCUUGUUUUGUUUUUCGACAAUAAGAGAAGCUGGCAGUGGCUUCCCAAGUCCAAGAUGGUUCCUCUUGGUGUUGACGAGACCAUCGACAAGCUGAAAAUGAUGGAAGGGAGGAACUCUAGCAUCCGGAAAGCCGUGCGGAUUGCAUUUGAUCGAGCCAUGAAUCACCUGAGCCGGGUCCAUGGGGAGCCAGCCAGUGACCUCAGUGACAUUGACUGAGGUGGCUUCCAGCAAAGCCACAGCCAGCCGGGAGCCUUGUCCAUAGUGUUAAUAAGCUGUACAUGUUUGUAUAUUGUUCAGAACUUAACUUAUUCUGAUUUUCUAGGUGUAGUUCUUUAAUUCUUUUUCCCCAGGGAGGGGGAGGUUUCACUUCCAAGUUUUCUAUGAAACCAUCUUGUCCUGGCGCUUUGCAAGUGGGGCAGGCGUGUUCCGAGCAGUGCGGUGUGGGUGUCCCACUGGUGGUGCCGCGGCCUCACUUACUUUAAUCUCUAGUUUUUUUCUUUUCUUUCUUUUUUUUUUUAAAGACUUUUGAAUGUUUAAUAAUUUUGUAGAUCAUGCUCUUUACACAGAGUACCGCUUAUUUAAUAAGACGGGAUGUAAAUUUACAAUGACAAAUGUGUAUUUUAAGAAAGAAAAUGACAUUAUUUUGAAUGGUACUUUGUGCAAAGAGGGAAUAAAUUUAUGCUGUGUGCAUCACUUGCAAAUCACCAAAAAAAAUGUCCCGCCAGCUGCUGCCGGGCAGGGCCCGUUCUCAUCCUUCUGUCUGCCCUGAGUCUCCUGCUCCGCCCUGACUCCUGCAGGCCUGCCUCCCAGCGGGUUAUUUAUUGUAGAAAGUGUACUCAUUUGCUUUAUAAUGAAAAAUAAAUUUGCAAAGGUAUAUUGAUAUGCAUUUUUAUACAGGCACAUAAAAAUUCAACUUUGGUGUGGGAGCAGAAUGUGUUGUGUGGUUAUAUACAUGACUGGCCUGUGUGUACUUUGAUUUUGUAACUUGUAAUCUUUUGUUUACAAUGAGGGGCUUUCUGUAACUUGUUUUAAUUUAGAACACUUUGGUAGCAAUAGACCUUUGGAUACAUUUUUGUAUGGUACAUGUGAUGUAUAUAGAAUUAGUACUUUAUUUUUAUUUUUAAGAGGUAAAGCAUUAUGUUAGGGGGGAAAAGGCAGGGUGGGUUUCCAAAUUUGCAUUUUUAUAUUAAAAAUAAAGUGAAGAUUUGGACAGUGUGGCCCUCUCAUUCCUGCAUCACUAGGAGGCUGGGUGAGCUGUAGCCUGAGAUGUAUGAGGGCAUUGGGGCGUUGAGUGGGUGGUGUGACCAGGUAGAUGACACACUUGAUUUUAACAAUUCACCUGGGAUGGCAUUAUUUAUUAUUUUGCCUAAUCAUAUUUUUAUUUUAAAGCUAAAUAGUUACUAAAAAAUUUAAAUGUUCUUUUAAGUCUACAUGUUUGUAAUAUCUCCAUAGAAACUUGAAAAUAAAAAGUCUUCCUUUGGUA